AAUAGGAAUUUUCAUUUUCAAUUCGCGCGAAUGAGCUUAUAAAAACCAUAUCUCUAUGCCCACAGCUCCAUAUCCAACCGUAGAUCUUUGUCUUCUUCUUCUCUCUAUAAUUUCUCCCUCUAAACUCCAUUAAUUCACAGUAUUCAAAGAAGAAGAAAAUUCAAGAAACCAUCAUGCUCAAAUCAUCAUCACAAGAACUUCCAGAUUGUUUUUAUCAAACCAAACCAGUUUUAAUCUCUCCUUUAACUCCAACUCCAAAACAUUCAUUAUAUCUUUCAAAUCUUGACGAUCAGAAGUUUCUUAGAUUCUCCAUUAAAUAUCUCUACCUUUUCAAAAAAUCUGUGAGCUCAGAAAUCUUGAAAUAUUCACUCUCUAGGGUUCUUGUGGAUUACUACCCACUAGCUGGGAGGAUAAGAAGUUGUAAAGAUGAUGAUAAAAAGCUUGAAGUGGACUGUAAUGGUGAAGGUGCUGUGUUUGCUGAAGCUUUCUUGGAUUUUACUGCUGAUCAGUUUCUUGAACUUUCUAAGCAACCAAACAGGUCUUGGAGACAACUUUUGUACAGAGUUGAAGCUCGGAGUUUCUUGGAUAUUCCUCCUCUUAUAAUUCAGGUAACGAAUCUAACGUGUGGAGGAAUGAUCCUCUGCACCGGGAUUAACCAUUGUCUAUGUGACGGCUUAGGUACAUCUCAGUUCUUACACGCUUGGGCUCACAUUGCCACAAAACCCAAUCUAGAUAUUCCAAUCACACCAUUUCACACUCGCCACGUUUUAAAACCCCGAAAUCCCCCACAAAUAGCCUUCAAACAUCCUGGAUAUCUCAGAAAUACCCUCGACAACGAAAACGACCUGACCGGGCUUAGUCUUAGCCACUAUUUACAGUCGCUGCCUCUGGUGGCCACCUCCUUAACCUUCACCUCUUCUCAUAUCCUACACCUCAAGAGGAAGUGUGUUCCUUCCCUAAAGUGCACCACUUUUGAAACAUUGGCAUCGCACACGUGGCGCUGUUGGGUUACAUCUCUGGACUUGUCACCUUCACUUAACGUCAAGCUCCUUUUCUCGGUGAACGUCAGGAAAAAAUUGAUACCGGAAUUGCCCCAAGGGUAUUAUGGGAAUGGAUUUGUGCUGGGUUGUGCCCAGACCAGUGUUCAGGAUUUGACCAAUAAUAAUCUUCACCAUGGAGUCAAACUAGUCCAAGCUGCUAAAUCAUGCUUAAGUGAUGAUUAUGUGAGGUCAAUGGUUGAUUUAUUGGAGGAUAAAAUGGUAAAAACCGACCUUUCUACGAGUAUGGUUAUUUCUCAAUGGUCAAAAUUAGGCUUAGAAGAUGUGGAUUUUGGUGAAGGGAAAGCUUUGCAUAUGGGUCCUUUAAGUAGUGAUAUUUACUGCUUGUUUUUACCGGUUCUCGGCGAUGUUGACGCUGUUACGGUGCUAGUGUCCGUGCCGGAAAAUGUGGCGGCUAAAUUUGAGUAUUAUAUGCUGCAAGAUUUUUGGGAUUAUAAAGCCAAUGAUGGUGAUGGUGAUGGAUUUCGCUUAGAAGAAAAUGGACUGAUUUGAAUAACCUUGACAUGCUAUAUGUAGUAGCUAUGUUAUCUUUUUGUAAUGAUAAUAAUUUAUCUACAUAGAUGGCUACCCAUAAAUAAUAAUCCCUCAAUUUUCUAA